CGAAUACGACGAAAGACAACGGCAACGACAACUAUGCUCGCCAUAACGACUAACGAGAGUGUGUACAUAUCGGAUCCUUCCACCCUUCGCCGUGCGCCUCCAUCCCUGUCUCCAGCAUCCGACAUACCUUCUGGUUCAAUAUACAGCACCUGGUCUCCCGACGGCACUUCUCUGUACCUUGCUUUUCCUUAUUUCAUCAACCGUUAUGAUGCUUUUGGCUCUCUUAUGAAAACUGUAUACUCUCAAGAUGACUCCGAGUCACCUAUUUCGAGCCUUAUCAUCAAAGAUAAAGGUUCUCUUAUCUUUGCUACUGGAAACCUGGUCCAUAUCCUCGAGCAUUCUGCUUCUCAAACUUCGUCUUCGAAAAUUGUACACACUCUCCCGCCUCAUCCGGAUCCUAAUCCGGUCACAGCUUUGUCUCUGUCGAAUGAUGGAACUGUACUCGUUGCCGCAUCCGCCACAGCUGUCGUCACACACAAUCUGUCUCUCAACAUCCACACCACUCUUCGUGGGCUCAAGACCACGGAAGAGGAAUACAUAACAUCUUGCGUCGUGCAUCCACACUCGCGUGUGCGACUGUUUCUGGGUUUAGGCAGAGACCUCAUCAUCUACGAUAUGACCCGGCCGACUGGACCUGCGAAAGUCAUCCCGCUAAGCGAGGCCACCGAGGGCCACAUAGCAGGGAUUAGCUGCAGUCCUUAUAGCAAGGCCCUUCUGGCGGUUGCUUGCAGUAGCGGAUACGUCGGCCUCGUUGAUUUGGACAAGGAGCAUGGGAAAAUUAUACGCAGUUUUGACCACGAAACCCCACUUACGUCGGUCACAUUCUCGCUCGACGGAGCAACGCUCUACAUGGGGACAGUAAACGGGAGACUCCUCGUGCAGUCUCUUCGUGCAGCCACGGAACCAGCAAAGACGGUUACAAUAAGCGAAUCAGGAUAUCCAGUCCUCGGUUUGGCUGUCUCGAAAAAGCGGUCUAUAAAAGACUCCAAACCAGGCACUCCCGCCGCUGUAGCCGCAUCCGCUUCUGCUCCAGUCCUCAAUCAACAACCCAGGCCUCUCGCCCAAAAGGAUACAAACAGUCCUGUCCACGCCCGGCGGCGCGAAACAUUAGCGGUCAAAUCGCCGGCUGGAUCCGCCAACACUUCUCCCGUAGUCUCCAGAGUUCGGACGAGAGUCACUUCCACCGUGGGAUCGCCCUCCCCGAGUGCCGAUAGCAGUAUCGCUAAAGGAAGUGCGACGAAUACGCCCGUCAAGAAGAGAGUGGACUCUACUACGGCUGCGACGAAAUCGAGGCAAUCACCCAACGCGGCGAAAGAGACGGUGCCCUCUAAUAACGGCGAUGCUGCUGUCGAUACUGAGGCCGACAAAAUCACGGCGCGCCGUACACGAGCAAUCAGCGGGAACCUCAAGGCAAGGAUCACUCCCACUUCCAAAGCGCCCGCUUACUCGAAAUCACCGCCUCCUCUUCCUCUUCCUUCGGCAUCCGGUGCAACUCUCAAGCCUAGACCUUCUCCCUCGCGAGGCUCUACCGCGAAUGUCCGUACGGCGAAGUCGUCCAGCUCAUCUGCAGUAGCUCCUGGGCCCAACACAGAAGCCGUCCCCGAAACCAUCCCCACGAUCUCUGCUCCCCACAUACGCACACGUCCAACAUCUUCGACCGGACGCACGGUCGCCAAUACUGCCUCAGGAUCAAGCCCCGCAUAUAAACGCACUCGUACCGUCUCCGCCUCCUCGCCCAAGAGUCCCUCGAGUCUGACCUCCGGAAGUCAACCCAGUGUGAGGAGCAGAACACUUUCUACUGCGAGUACGGCUCGGACUUCGGUCGUUAGUGGGCCUACAAAAGCCUCGAUCACCAUCACGGCCAAUAUGGACGACGAUUCCGGUUCCGCUCCCAAAUUGCGAACGAUCACAGGCUCGAGCUCUGGGUCCGGAACGACUGCAUCCACUGGUGGUACGAGAUCAAGAACAACGUCUCGUGUGGCUCGUUCCGGAUCUGGAGGCGUCACCGUUGCUCGUUCGGGUUCACCUAUACCGCCAGUUCCGCCUUUACCGAAGAAUCAAGUCGAUGCAGCGAGAUUACAGAUAGAGAAGAUGAGGCAGGGUCCGGUUUGGAUAUCAAGUGGGAGUGCGAAGACAGCACCGGAGAGGGAGGAAAGGACGCCGUCGCCAGAUUUACCCAUGCCUUCCCCGGUUAGGGAGAAUUUGCUUGAUGUCGCUGUUGGGCUAUCGGAGGAGAGCGACGGAAUGAAGGGUAUGGGGAUUUUGGGACUUGGGACGCCAGAGGUUGAGCGGUGGAUUCGUGCGGGGCAGGAAGACAACAUCUUUCCAGGAGAAGAGAAGGAAGAUCGUAAGAGGGUGGGGUUCGAUGUUCGCGACAAUGAUGUCCACGAGGACAAGGGCCUGAAUCAGGAACCGGAAACCAGCCGACUGGAGGACGUGGAUAUUGAUGGUGAAGAGGAUGCCGAAGUGCAGAGGAGGCUGGCGGAGCACGAACAAAGGCUUGAGGAGAAGUCUUUGACCAUGCAGAUUACCCCGCGGCGAUUGGGCAACCUGGGAGCAGGAAUGAGCUCUCUGCCCUCACCGUUCAUGCAUCUUGCAGCUGUAUCACCGCAUAAUGUCGUUCUUCCUAGGAAUGGGUCGACUAGUAGUGGUUUGAACGGUGUGGGUGGGAGCGUGCCGGGAGGUGGAGGUGCGCAAGGAUUAUUACAUGCGCUAAUCCAGGAAGCCAUGGUGGACUUUAGACAGGAGACGAAAGCAGAGAUGGUUGGGUUGCAUCUGGAUCUGUUGAGGAUGGGGAGGGCUUGGAGAAUGGAAAUGAGAGGCGUGAUGGAAGAGUAUGGUAGUGAAUUGAACGAGUUGAAAGAGGAGAAUAAGAAGCUGAAGGAGGAGAAUGAGAGAUUGAGGAGAGGUUAUUGACGAAUGGCCCACAUAGGUGGCCCAGAAUAUGCGGCAUGGUGAGUGAUAGUUGGUGGUGCGCUGGCGCUUUGAUAGAACGAAUCGAUCGGUAUCCUCUUGCCUUUCAGACUCUCCAGUCUUAUUCGACUUUCUCCCUUCCUCGCUUGAACAUGUUUAUGAUUUAUUGAUCACACUCUGCGUAUCAGCCUUGGGCUGCUUCAUUAUCUGUAUAUUUGCGAGCACUGUAUCUAUACGGACAUACGAGAAAGAAACGAUUAUGACGGCUUCC